AUCAAAAGUGGUAGUGAAAAGUUUUGACAAAAGAUAGUUCUAAAGUAUCUUUGGUAAUCAUAGAAAUAUUAGCUAAAUUGGAAAAAAACAUUAUAAUGAGAUUACAAUCGUCUAUAGUGAAGAAAUGUACAAAAAUCGUAAUAAAUUUUUAAUAUAUCUGCUUUGGAUAAUGGAAUUGAGAUUAGUGUCCAGCUUUACGCCAUCAAUACUUUGCGCCCACAUACCGGGCCUUACACAGCAGCAAGCACAAUUAUGCAGUGAAUCACCGGAUGCAUUAAUAGCUUUGGGUGAAGGUCAUCACAUGGGCGCAGAAGAAUGUCAGUAUCAAUUCAGAGGACAUCGUUGGAAUUGCACCAAAGUUUGGCAAAGAAAUGUGUUCGGUCACUUCAUGUUCGUGGGUUCGCCAGAAGCCGCAUUUACCUAUGCAAUUGCAAGCGCUGGUGCAGCACACGCCGUAACCGCAGCCUGUGCACGUGGCAACAUAUCAAUUUGUGGUUGCGAUGUAAGACACAAAGCGAGGCGUGCCAAUGGUAAUUUUCUCGCAGAUGGUAAUACAGGCCAACAGCCUUGGAAAUGGGGUGGCUGCUCGGCUGAUGCUGAGUUCGGCAUGAGAUUCGCACGUAAAUUUCUGGAUGCACGUGAAAUUGAGGGUGAUGCCCGCAGUCUCAUGAACUUACACAACAAUAAAGUGGGCAGAAAGUUAAUUAAAAAUCUGCUGCGUACCGAUUGCAAGUGUCACGGUGUGAGCGGUUCGUGCGCCAUGAAAACUUGCUGGAAAAGUUUGCCGCCAUUUCGAAUGGUGGGCGAUGUACUCAUGAAGAAGUACAAUAAAGCCAAAAUUGUUCAAGCCGUUAAAGGCAAACGUGGACUGAAAUUAGUUAUAAGCAAAAAAAAUCGUGUAGGAAAAUUGUUACAGGCUCCAAAACGUUUGGAACUUGUCUAUUUGCAAAGAUCACCAAACUAUUGUGAACGAAAUGUGCUAGCGGGUUCUCUAGGCACUACUGGACGUUUAUGUAACCGAACUUUGCACGGUCCACAAGGCUGUGAUUUACUUUGUUGUGGGCGUGGUUAUAAUACACAACAAAUACGUCGCAAAUUCCAGUGUCGUUGUCGGUUUGAGUGGUGCUGUAAUGUCGAGUGCGAUAUUUGUGAGGAGAAUUUUGAAGAAUUUACAUGUAAAUAAUUGAAAUAAGUAAUUAAAAAAAAAAGAAAUAGUUAUUAAAACUUAAAUUAA